AUGCGCGAGAUUCUGCACAUCCAGGGGGGCCAGUGCGGGAACCAGAUCGGGGCGAAGUUCUGGGAGGUGGUGUGCGCCGAGCACGGGAUCGAUGCGACCGGGCGGUACCACGGGGACACCGAUCUGCAGCUCGAGAGGGUGAACGUGUACUACAAUGAGGCCAGCUGCGGGCGCUACGUGCCGCGCGCUGUCCUCAUGGAUCUGGAGCCUGGGACCAUGGAUAGCGUCCGGUCGGGGCCCUAUGGGCAGAUAUUCCGCCCGGACAACUUUGUGUUCGGGCAGUCUGGGGCAGGAAACAACUGGGCCAAGGGACACUACACCGAGGGUGCCGAGCUGAUUGACUCGGUGCUGGAUGUGGUCCGCAAGGAAGCGGAGAACUGCGACUGCCUUCAGGGUAUGCGAUUCUCUCCUCUUCCCUACGCCCUUCAGAGUAACGUCCGAAGGUUUCUAGGACGUGAAUCAUUUGUUUUUAUCUCUUAUGGCUUCCGCUUUCUACUUCAAAGCCCCUAGAAAAAGCUUGCCUGUCCACGGUUAUUCUUGCGUCAUCAAUGUAUUUCUCUUGCCACAUCAAACUGCUUGCUUCCUGAUUUAUUUAACCACAGUGGUAUGUUGUCAGUGCAUCAUUUUCUCAUGUUGAUAGCACAAGGAAUAGUGUGUUUUCGCGGUUUAUGAAGGUCUCUUUCAUUCAUGUCUUCCUUUUUUUAUUCAAGCCUCUAUUCUGGAUUCUCCCAUCGUUUUUGCAACGUUAAGUGUUAGUCACAUGGGUGGAGAUGCUCUACGAUACUCUGUUCUAAUCACGAGUUUUCGUUGGUAAAUGAUUCGUUUGCAGGAUUCCAAGUCUGUCAUUCACUGGGAGGAGGAACUGGUUCUGGAAUGGGGACCCUGCUGAUAUCCAAGAUCAGGGAGGAGUACCCUGAUCGCAUGAUGCUAACUUUCUCCGUUUUCCCCUCCCCUAAAGUAUCAGACACAGUCGUUGAGCCGUACAACGCGACUCUUUCCGUCCAUCAGCUGGUUGAGAAUGCAGACGAGUGCAUGGUUCUCGACAAUGAGGCCCUUUACGACAUCUGCUUCAGAACUCUCAAGCUAACCACGCCGAGUUGUAUGUCCCUAUUCUUCACCUUGCUAGUAAUAGAAUUGUUCAGAGGAUGAACUCUCUAAUUUUCUCCACCGUUGCAGUUGGAGAUCUAAAUCACCUCAUCUCUGCAACAAUGUCUGGAGUCACCUGUUGCCUGAGGUUCCCAGGGCAGCUUAACUCUGACCUGCGGAAGCUAGCCGUGAACCUGAUCCCCUUCCCACGGCUGCAUUUCUUCAUGGUGGGCUUCGCGCCGUUGACGUCUCGUGGUUCCCAGCAGUACCGGGCCCUCACCGUCCCGGAGCUCACUCAACAAAUGUGGGACUCCAAGAACAUGAUGUGUGCCGCCGAUCCUCGUCACGGGAGGUAUCUCACGGCCUCUGCCGUGUUCCGAGGGAAGAUGAGCACCAAAGAAGUGGACGAGCAGAUGCUCAAUGUGCAGAACAAGAAUUCUUCCUAUUUCGUGGAAUGGAUCCCCAACAACGUCAAGUCCACGGUGUGCGACAUUCCACCCAUAGGACUGAAGAUGGCAUCCACUUUCAUCGGCAACUCCACAUCUAUCCAGGAGAUGUUCGGGAGAGUCAGCGAACAAUUCACGGCCAUGUUCAGGAGGAAGGCAUUCUUGCACUGGUACACAGGGGAAGGCAUGGACGAGAUGGAGUUCACCGAGGCGGAGAGCAACAUGAACGACCUGGUCUCCGAAUACCAGCAGUAUCAGGACGCCACCGCCGACGAGGAGGGAGACUACGAGGAAGAGGAGGCCGACCAGGAGUACAACUAA